AUGGCUCAGCAGAAGAGGGGAGUAUUCUCGGCGAACUUUGAAGACGAUAGUGAUUCGGAAGAACCAGAAUAUUCAAAAAUCAGAUUAGUUUACACAGACCCCACUGAUGAACUCCGGAACGAAGUUACAUCACUUCGUGCUCAGUUGCUUCAUGUAACCAGUCACCAGGAUUCUGUUGCACAGGCGAAAUCCAACGCCGAGAAAUUAUCCUUGAAGCUCACCAUUGCAAAAUCUCAGCUUGAAACCAAAAAUGUGUUAAUACAUGAAUACAAGAAGAGACUUAACUUAACACUUGGACAAUUUGACUCAGAAGUAUCCAGUGCAGUGGCUGGAGUCAUUCACAACCUCAAGCAAGUACUUGUAUGUCUUAACACAGAAAGGACGAUUAAAAGUCAAAAGUCCCUCAAGAAAGAAGAGGAUAACUCGUUCUUGACUUCUUGGUCGAUCAGAUUGCUGAAUGAGAUACAAGACUUAGACCACAUGUACUCUGAACUUUGGAAGGACUAUGAACAAGUUCGAAUCGAAUUUAUUCGUGCUCAAGAGUCAGUUUUAGCUUGCAUUCAGACAACAGAACCAGAUCGUCAUCAUCAUACGUUGCACCAGGACGUUGGGGAUGCGAAUCUUCAAUUCUAUCAGAUGUACAUCGUGAAGCUUCCAGAGCUCCUUAGAGAACGUCCAGAGUCCUCAGCAGAUGUAUCAAGUUGGCUUGCGUGGCUGGAAUAUUUGAAGGACGUGAAAAUAAAGGCUCUGACGGAAAUAAACAGUAGAACAGAGAGGUCAUCAAAUGUGAUUGUCUUGAAACCUGGAGACGUUAAGGCAAUAAACAGCAUUCUCCUGUUGCUACUGGAGGACAGUCAAGAACAGAAAUCCGAGAAACUUCAGAGGGUAUACGAAUAUGAAGAGGUUCAUGCUCUGAAACCUCAGAAGCUGCUGCUUAACGAAAAGAACAAGCAGCUGGAACUUGUUCAGGAACGUUCUUCGGAAAUCAGGAGACAGGAUGAAGAUGAAGCAUAUCAGGCAAAGAACAACAAGAUAGAAAAGGAAAUAGUGGCCAUUCGACAAAAAGUACACAAACUACAGUUGGAGAAGGAGGAACUUCAGUCUAUGCUUCAGGUCGGCGAAGCUUCGAGCUCCAAUAAAUUGCAGAAUGCGAUGCAAGAAAUGAAAACACAACAAGAACAGCAAGCGUGUUUUUUCGAAGCUCAAAUUUUUGCUCUCAAUCGACAGAGAGACCUUCUUGAGGUGUCUCUCAAGCAAGCUUGGGAGUGUAAGAACUCGGAACUCAAGCGGAAUUGUGAAGAAUUUGAUAGUCUCAAGAAGGAGUUAGAAGCUCUCGAGACCAUCCUCGGCGAAAAGGACCAACAGCUUCAGAGUAACGAGCAGCAUCGUUUGGAAAUUGACAGCGCGCUGCAGAGUUAUCAAAGUCUGGAACAGGUCCGUGCUACGAGAUAUAGAGAGCUUGUCAAGGAACUUACUGCCACCAAACAGGAAGUUCAUCUAUGUGAGGCACAGAAUGAGAAGUUGCAAUUGUCGUUUGAGGCCAUGGAAUAUUCGCUUCAGGCAAGAUUGCAAGAACAGCAGAAGGCGUACCAAUCCUUUGAUGAACGGCUUAAUGAUAUGAGUCGUCGCAAAGACCUCCUCGAAAUUUCUCUCAAAGAGGCCUGGGAAUGCAAGAAUCAGGAACUUGAGGAUUCGCAACGAGGAUGCAGUAUUCUUCAAGAAAAGAUAGAAACUGAGCAGACAAUAUUGAAUCAGAAAGAGAUACAGAUCCAAGGAAACGAGUUAGAGAUAUCUAGAUUAAACGCCAGUCUGCAGCGAAAGGAGGAGGAAAAUGAUUAUGAAGAUUCUAUAGAGACUGAUCAUCAAAUGCAGGUGGAGCGACUGCGAGAAGAUAUCAAAUACCUCGAGGACGCUGUUGAGCAAUUGGAAGCAUCUCGCGAUUCUUUGGAAGCAGACCUACAAUCUGAAGAAGUCAAAGUACGAGACCGAGAAACGUCUUUACUCCAGAAAGAAGCAGAUCAUGCUAUCAUCUGCAAAUCACUGGAGGAUCGUUUAUCUGCCUUCCGUCGUGAUAACCAAACAAAAGUUUCCAAGACCCUGCUGACUGAUCUACAACACGCGUAUGAACUUGAAUCGACGCAACUCAAAGACACACAUCAAAAACUCAUUCGAGCAAAUAAAAAGAACGUAAAAUCAAAGGAUCAUAUCGCUGGAAUCGAGCAAAAGGUCGCUGAAUCACAGGCUCAAGGGGAGGAAAUGCAACGCCAAAUAAUGCAGCUUGAGUACGAACUGGCGCAACGACGAACUCAGAGCAAGGAUAUACACUCUACAGUUUCAAUUCUGCAAGACGAGAAUUUAGCGAAGGCCUUGCGAAUCAAAGAAUUACUAGAUUUAUUGGAAUAUCACAAGAUCGACCAUCACUCGACUUCGACAGGUACAUCAUCUACUAUGCAGGCUGAUCAAUUUCGAGUGUCAUCUUCUAGCUCCAGAGCAACACGACUACAUCCAGUGCCUCACACAGCGAUUGGUGCUACAUCUUCCGCUCUUGGCCAAUUCGCACAUUCUACUGCAUCAGUCACUUAUCAGCCAUCUUCAUCGUCUUCACGAAACCUGUUCCCAAUUUCGUCUCCUUCAGUGUCAGCCGAGAUGCGAUCCCCCAUGCGGUCUGUUCCAUCCACCGGCGAGGCUUCAAUACCACCAAUGCAAGGAAUGCACUUUGGAAGUCUCAAUAAGUCUCUUCGUAAAGCUGCUGUUGCGGCAGAACUUCGGAUGACUACUAAACGGGAGUAUGUUCUGCGACCGUCAAAGGAGAUGAAACCCUCCAGUCAACCGGCUACCUCGAAAGUGAGACACCGGAAUUCAUUGUCGCGGCAACAUCGAAAGCCUUCUAUAUAUGUGCAUCCUGUCGCUCCGUUUUCUACCAUUGAUGGCUGA